CAUUUAUGGCAAUUACAGCCUACUUAUCGACAGUGAUUGGAAUUAUCGAGAACUUCUUCUUGGCUUUGAGCCAUUACACGGUCCCCAUUCAGGGAGCACUGCACAUGACCUGUAAAACGUCACGUGAUGCUAGAAUGCAGCCUUGCCUAGUAGGGAGUAGGUGCUCCAACAAGAUGGGUACCGGUCCCGACACAUCAAAGGACCGGAAAUGAGGUCAGGCUUACCGCAACGUUCCACCACCUCAACUUCUUUUCUCUCUUAAGAGGGCUACUACUGGGAACCAGGCUGCAUACAUUCCACUUGGUCCGCCAGGCAGGAUAUCCGAGCUAAGGAGAGACGGGGAGAGGGAUAUCCGGACGUCUGGAUUGCCGACGAACUGUUGGAUCCCAUGCACUCGGGGUGAUAUUAGUACACGAAAGAGAUUGUCGGUAAUUUUACUCUUAUGAUAGCUACCUGGUAGUCAUAGUGACGUCG